UUCAUCGGCGCAGCGUCGUCCAUUUGCUAUCUAGUCCGGUGCGCUACAUUUGCCUUCUGAACACGAUGGAUGAACCCCAGGUACCCAUGACGGAGUUCGAACAGAUAAAGUUCAGGAUGAACCAAACGACGGAUGAGUUACCGCCAUGCAACGACGACGAAAUCCGUCUAGAGGAUGGCACUGUAAGACCGAUGACAGAGGUGGAGUUGUUACAUAAAAGGAUCGAUGAUGCCACGGCAGAAUCGUUGGAGGCCUCUCGGCGUAUGAUGGCAAUGUGUGAAGAGGCUAAGGAAGCUGGAAUUUCAACCUUGGUCAUGUUAGACGAUCAGGGCGAACAACUGGAUCGCAUCAACGAAGGGAUGGACCAAAUCAAUCAAGAUAUGAAAGAUGCGGAGAAAAAUUUGGACGAUUUGAACAAGUGUUGUGGCUUGUGUGUGCUGCCGUGGAACAAGGUGAAGAAGAAGGACGAUUACACAAAGCAGCUGAAAGACGAAGAUAUGCGUGGUGGUGGGGACGGCCCGCGUAUCAUUGUUGACCAGAAUGGAAUGGGUCCAACAGGUGGAUACAUUACUCGCAUAACGAACGACGCUCGCGAGGAUGAAAUGGACAACAAUUUGCAAGAGGUAUCUGGCAUGAUCGGGAAUUUGCGCAACAUGGCCAUCGACAUGGGCAGUGAGAUCAAUCAACAAAACGUACAGAUUGAGAGAAUCCAAAUUAAGGCCAAAUCAAAUGCGGAGCGUAUCAAGAAAGCGAACGAACAAGCCAGCAAACUCCUGAAGUAGUGCAGACGCUCCCAUUCCUGCACAAUCACGGCUAUGCUAACCGAUGAAUUGCUACACCAUCUUCCAGUACUAUCCAUUGUCUUUUCCUCGAUCUUUUGUUGAACCGUUCCGUAAUGCUCAUCGCUGCAUCCUAAGCUCACACACUUCACUGGGAUACGCAUCCACCUCCCACACGCUUUUGUUGGCAUUGUCGUCGCUCUCGUCCUCCUAUGGGUUUACACCGAAUAACAAUUGAGAAUCAUAUUCCCCACACCUCAACUCUGAAUACACACUCAACAAAACGCAUCCAUCAUCUUGAAAAGGGCCUCGGAGCAACCGAUACACUUGAUGUUGCGGCAACACCACUCAAUAGACAAGAUCAUCUGUCGAAUAUUGCCAUCAAGGCCCAACAGUUGCACUGUAUUUUUCGUGCACUUGUGUUCCAUGAACUCAGACUAAUUUCUGUGAUGCCUUAUUUUUGCCGAACGUACUCGUUCGUCCGUUGGCUUGUUCUGUCCAAAUCCAGAUGUCGUUGUUCUCCAAGGUCCUUAUUAUUUGGACGUUACAUCCGAUUAUGCUCCGAUUUUUCUAGGUCUUACUCACUGCCUGAUUAUUUAUUCUUUUCCCUCUCCCUUUCCUUCAUCCUCCUCGCUCAUCGAUAUGCACAUACAACAUACGAUUUUCUUUCUGCCCUGUCCGAAUAAUCCGAUUUCACUCAUGUCAUUUGGACCACCAACUUGAUAAACUAUUCGGUGCACUAUGAGCUUUCUCUCUUAUUCGAUCCUGUACUCGGUUGUGCUUUGUCUGACUAACUAACAAUGUGAGUGCAUUUAAUGCAGUUCAAUUC